UUGUCCAAUUCGCCAUUUUGCGCAUGCGUGACGCUUACACUGUCCUCUACGAUUGGUUUGUGACCUCCAUCAGAAAGAGUUUUUACACACAGUGAAAAUGAAGUGGCUUUUUGCAUGUUUGAUCGGAGCUGUUGCUCUUUUUAUGGUGUUGGAUCAAGGUGUUGCCAGAAAAUGCUACGUUUGUAAUUCUUACUUCCAGAAGACAUGUGGUGACUGGUUUGAUAACCGAACAUACAACCUUGAAGAAUGUGGAGAAGGUGUAACUAUGUGUAGAAAGAUUGUACAAGAAGUGUACUACAAUGAUGAGUGGAAUGUACGGUACAUUAGACAGUGUGCACCGUCUGGUGAGGUAGGAGAAGAUGAAGGUCGCCAGUGCAUGGAACGUACCGGAACAUACCGAGUUAAGAUGCGUUACUGCCACUGUGAUAACCAGGACGGAUGUAACGGAGCUGAAUCAGUGAAUAUACCAAUGUUAACCAUGUUAUUACCGGCACUUACAACUAUUGGACUCCUCUAUAGAAAAUUGUAACAUCGAUUAUGAUUGUCACUUUUGUAUGUUUCCAUUAUGAUGAUGAUGUAUGUUUUAAGAUCUAUGCAACAAUGUAGUUUGGCAUAUUGGAAUUGAUCUUCAGAAAAAUUAUUAAUAAUUUAGAACAAGGGAAAAAAAUCAAAUGAGUCUACUUGCAUAUAAUUUAUAGUGACAUUGUAAGAAGUAAGAUUUAACUUAAAGAAAUAAAAGAAAUAACUAAAUGGAUUUAUAUAUAGAAUAUUGAACAAAUGGUCAUACACAUGUAUUUGUGAUGCUUAUGUUUUCAAAGCUCAAAGUUCUCAUGCAUGCAUCUUGUGCGAAUCACAAAAAUACACUGAUAAAUGCAAUAAGUUUUUUUUUCUUUUUCAAAAAUGUAUUCAUCCCUCGUACAUUCCUUUUUUAUCAUUGAGUCGAUCAGGGUUUGAUAUAUAACUGAUUUCAUCUUGAAUGAGUGACCUUCUUUCAACCUAGUAUACUAUGAUGAUACUAUCUAUGAGGUGCCAUUAGAUUUUUAUGUUGAUUUCUUUUUCUUCUUUUUUGGAUUGCACAUUUUCAGAAAUCUUAUUUUUUUUUAAGAUCUGUCAUUAUUUGCUUUAUAAUAAUUUUAUUGUGUUCAUGAGUGUAAUCAUUUUAUGUUGCCAGCACAGUUGAUGUUACAUUUGCUUAUCAUAGGUAUGACUGACUGGUUGAAAUACUCAAAAAACAUUUCUUUAUCUGAAUUUGUUGUGCAACAAUGAUAGAUUUAUAUGUAGUUUGCUGUAUUACAAGGAUUUUUAUGUCAUAACUCUAAUCUUAACACUUGUGUAAACAUCUUAAACUAUAAUGCUAUGUUUCUAAAUUUGGUUGUGUCAAUUUAACAUGUUACCUCUUAGGUUUUUGUUGAAAUAAGGACACCAUAAGUCAUCCAGAAACUAGGUCAAUUGGUUUUGGAUUGUAAAUCAAGAUAUUGAUAACCAUAAAAGUUGUUUAUAGUUAGUCGUUUUUACAUUUUACAGUAUGAAUGACUUGUAUCAGGGAAAAGAAUUGUUUGUAUUUGUUCAUGUAUACAGAAUAUUGAAAGUAUCACUUUAAGUGGUUUGAACAGAAAUAUAGUUUCCCAGUGCUUGAAGUAUAUUUUGAUUUAAGAGAGUAUGCUAUAUUUAGGUAUGGAUCUACUUUUAGAUUAAGAUAAUAAGUUAAGUGACUGCUAGGCCAUUAAAUAAUUGUCCCACUUGUUGAAGGGAUCAAUAGGAUGUAUGUGAAACAUUUUUAUUGUAUUUGUUCAGAGUUGAUAUCUUCAUUAUUCUGUGUAUAUUGGCUUUACUUAGGGAGUGAAUGUGCAAUACAUGUGUGUAAUGUGUGACUGAUGUGUGUGUCCUGUAUGGUCCCUGUCUAGCUGUGCAGACAUAAACCAUGAAAAAUGGGUGUGGUUUGUGUGUAGCUUUAGUUUGUAAGUCAAGAAUUUUAAAUGUGAAUAUGUAAUCUAUAUGGUUUUAUACACAGAAAUUACGUCCAUGGUAUUUUGUAACUUUUAGGGAGGUAAAGAAUAAUCAACAAGUAUUGCAAAAUAUAGAAUAUAAGAGUUUUAACAGUAAUUGCUUGUGAUGAAAUAUAAAU